AUGAUGCUUGUGAACUUUGACGAGCUCCUGGACAAGAUCCUUCAGUUCCUGUUCCACGAACUAUUCGAAAAAGUCAUCAAUUUCCUUUCAAUCAUCUUCACUCGAUUCCUUGAUUUUUUAUUAAAUUUUAUUUUGAGAUUUUCCAAGAAGAAAAAGGAACAGGAGACCUUCAAUGUCCUGCAUCAGUCGAGCAACUUCCUAAUAGUCAACAAGAAGCACGAUGUCCUGCUGAACUCUAACGACAAGUCUAAAAUCACUGUCACAUCGCAGCUUAAGAAAAUGUUUCCAGACGUCCUAUCACCUGAAGUUUCAGACUUUUUCUUUGCACAUCGGCUGGACUUUGCGACAUCUGGGAUUCUUUGUAUACCACUGAAUAGGAAGGCGUGUCAGGAAGUUUGGGAGAAUUUUGAGACAAAAUAUUCAAAAUUUUACUUUAUCGCGAUUGUCAGCGGACAUGUAGACUCGGAAAUGGAAAUAAUAGACAUAGAUAUUGGAGAUGACACUCGAUACAAGGACACGAGUAAGAAAAUGUGCAGCUUUAGGGAGAAAAUGUAUUGCAAAAAUGCUAGACGCUCAGUAACGAAGAUUUUGGUGCUUGAAAAAGGAUUCUUUAAUGACCGUCCAGUCACAAAGGUCCUGUUACUUCCACUGACUGCCAAUCGACGUCAUCAGCUGAGAAUUCAUUGCCUUGAAAUUGGACAUGCUAUUGUUGGUGAUUAUACAUAUGGAAAGUGCUUAUCAUCACCGAGGCUGUUCUUACAUGCUUUUAGACUCGUGCUGCCCACAACUAUGGAGAAUAUUGAUCUACAGACAGAUGAUCCAUUCACUGAGCGGAAGUUAAAGUAUAAAUAUAAGCGCGGGAUGAUUUUUAAUGAAAUUCCAUCGGCAUUUGAUCUGAUUGACUCAUUUUAA